GUCAGCAAAGUGUAAAUAGUAAAACUUUUUCAAUCGCUGAAUCGCUAUUGAGCGCACUGCGAAUUUUAAAUUUAUUGUAUAAAUUUCUGUUUUGAAACCGUUAAAAUGGUUGAAGCGCAAAAAUAUAGGAUAGAACAAGAAAUGACUAAUCUGGUCAAUGAACUGGAUAAGAGUUAUUUGAGAAAAAUGCAAGGUGAUAUGCAUCGUUGUGCAGCAAGGUGCUGUGAUGAUCAGCAGUCAUCUUUAGAGAGAGUUCACGGAUGUAUUGAGAACUGUACGGCUCCGCUAAAUCAGGCUAACAAUUACGUACAGGGAGAAAUAAACCACCUCCAAAAUAGAUUGCAGCGUUGCGUGAUGGAUUGCAACGACUCGGCCCGGGACCGACUCGGAGCGGACCCGAGUCAAGACACUAUCGACAAAUGCACGAUAGAGUUUGAAAAGUGCGCCGUGAAGUGCGUUGAUAAACACAUGACAUUAAUACCUUCAAUGAUGAAGACCAUGAAGAAGGUACUGGCCAGCGGCAAGCCGCCGCCAGCUAAAGACGAAUAAUACAUACAUUUAUAUGUAAUCACAUCUAUAUCCCUCAGCGGGGUAGACAGAGCGAACAGUCUUGAAGAGAUUGAUAGGCCACGUUCAGCUGUUUGGCUUAAAUGAUAGAAUUGAGAUUCAAAUAGUGACGGGUUGCUAACCCAUCGCCUAAAAGAAGAAUAAUUAAUAAGACUAUCCCUUAGUCGCUUUUUACGACAUCCAUGGGAUCCUAUUAUUUUUCUAUUGGUGCCGGGAACCACACGGCACUCAACGACGAAUAAAAUAUACAAUGUAUUGUUUAACAGAUUAUAUUUAAGUUCGUAGUUUGAUACGAACUUACAUAUAAUCUGUUAAAUAGGGUGCCAUUUUGAAAUGCGGUAGAAAGAUUUGUAGUAAAAGUCUAUUAUAAUGAUUUACAGAUUCAAAUUUAAAAUUUGUAGGUAUUCAUUAUUGUGGUACGUUUUGUACAUAACGUAUAAUUGUCAUAUCUUUUGGUUUCACAACAUUGGUUGACGUAGAACUUACUAUUUGAAGUAACAUUAUAAGCGAGUUUUCUAUGAUAUAUUUGUAACGUUUUCACGCAAAAAUAAUGUGCCUCUUUUUUCGGUUGCUAGUAGUACAAAAAAAAGAGUUAAUUAGACAAGGUUAAAAGGAAUUAUAAGAUUACUAGAGGCCGCCCGCGACUUUGUCCCCGCGAACUCUGGGAUAAAAAGGAAGCCUAUAUGUUAUUCUGGGUCUUCAGCUACCUACAUAAGUACAUAUAAAUUUCAUCGUAAUCGGUUUUGUAGUUUUUGCGUGGAAGAGUAACAAACAUCUUGACAUACUCACAAACUUUCGCAUUUAUAAUAUUAUAGUAGGAUAAAUGAUUUUCUAUACAUUUUGAGCAACAUCAUGCUCAAUUUAUAAGAAUACUUGGUCAUAAUUUUAGUUUGUCAAGGUGCGUGCAGAUUAUUAUAUUGUAUAACUUUUGACGGCCUCUGUGGCGCAGCGGUAGUGCGCUUGUCUGUGACACCGGAGGUCCCGGGUUCGAAUCCCGGCCAGGGCAUGAUGAGAAAAGAACUUUUUCUGAUUGGCCUGGGUCUUGGAUGUUUAUCUAUAUAAAUAGGUAUUUAUUAUAAAAAUAUAGUAUCGUUGAGUUGGUAUCUCGUAACACAAGUCUCGAACUUACUUCGAGGUUAACUCAAUCUGUUUAAUUUGUCCCGGAUAUUUAUUUAUUUAAUAUAUGUAUAGUAUAACUCGUCCAAGUUAUCAUUGUUUCACAACUUUACAACAUCUAACAAUGCCGUACACAUGAGAAUAACAAUCUAUAUUAAUAUUAUAAAGCAGAAGAGUUUGUUAGUUUGUUUGUUUGAAUUCCUCAUUAUUACUGACUAGCUGUGCCCGCGACUUCGUCCGUUGUUAGUUGCAGCGUGAUGUUAUAAAGCCUUGAGCGUCCCUCGAUAAAUGCUCUAUUCAACGCAAAAAUAAUUUUUUAAUUUGAAUCAGUAGUUCCUGAGAUUAGCGCGUUCAAACAAACAAACAAACUAUUCAACUUUAUAAUAUUAGUAUAGAUAUAUAAUCUGUAUGCAAUAUAUAUGUUAUGUCAUAUAAACUGUACGCACUCCAUGAAAAAUGCUUUUUUUUGUGUAAAUUAAUAUACAUAAGUACUUUUACUGUUACUUUGUUGACUGAAAUAAAGGCAUUUACAAUUGUUGAAUCAAAGAUAA